CUUAAUAGUAAUUGAAUAUUUUUAUUUUAUUUAAUAAAUAAAUCUUUAUUUUUGACCUUGAAUUUCGGUUACCAGUAAUAGAACAUAGUUGACCGCUAAUAGUUCGAUAAACAUAUCGAAAAACACUUUAUACGAUACAUUCUUAGCAAGAAACAGUUUAUAUUUGUCGUUUUAAAAUUUAAAAUGUUUAUGUUUAUAUACAUAUAUAUAAGGUUACUUCAUUUAAAAAGGAGUACAUUUCAAACGCGUGAUAUUAGUUACCGAUUAUCUUGUGAACUGUCCUUAUACUUUUUCUCCAAGAAGUGCAAAGAAAGAAAAAAGCAGGGUAGUAGUCUGUGGUAAGUAAGUGGUAAGUAUUUUAUAAGACUUGUAUUUUUUUUAAAUUAGUUUAUUAUACAUACAUAAUUUGAACUAUACAAUUUUCACUAAAAGAUAUAAUAAUCUACGAAUGAUGAAACUUUACAGUUAACUUCGAAUAUAAACAUAUAAACUUUUAAAUUACUUAUUUUUGUAUUAGAUAUGUACAAGACAUAUCAAACAGGUGGAAAUUUUAGUUUAUUAGACAUAAAUGCUCUCCCUGACGAAGAAUUUGAAUGGCUUUUUGGCAAUGUUAUUGAAAAGAAUCAAGCGAUUGCAGAAUAUGUAGCACAGAGAAGACCAUUUAGAACAGUUCAAGAUCUCAAAGAUUGUUUUUAUGAUUAUUUAUUUGAGAUGAAUAGUAUUGGUAAAAACAACACAUACUUCAUGUUAAUUGUGUUAUUCAUUUUUAGAAAAAAUAAGUGUAGUGCUCAGAUAUCCAGAUUUCCUAGAAAACUUGAAUUAAUAAUUUCACUGCAAAUAAAGGAUUAUAAAACUUACGUUUAUAUGUGUUACUUCAGAUACAAGCUAAAAUUUGCUAUACCUUUUGUAAUACAUUUACAACGAGGAAAUAAGGUGGAAACAAUUCUUGCAGCAAUGGAAGAACGUUUGACACACGCAACAGCUCACGAAUUAAAUGUUACAAUGGAAGAAAUUUGCAAAAUAUGUAGUAAAAGAAUAGAUUCGCUUGUAUGGCCGGAUGUAUAACGAAAUUUAUCUUUAAGUAAAUUCAAUGCUAUUUGUAAAUUCAC